CGCGCCGGGAAGGCGGAACAGGGCGGGCCAAGAUGGCGGCGCCGCUGAGGGCCCCGCUGUGCGCGCUGCUGUGCCUGGCGCUGGCGGCCGCCGCCCGCGGCCGGCCCAGCCCCGUGAAGGUGCUGUCGGACGGGAUGUGGCGGGAGCUGCUGCAGGACGAGUGGAUGGUGGAGUUCUACGCGCCCUGGUGUCCCGCCUGCGAGAGCCUGCAGCCCGAGUGGGAGAAGUUCGCCGAGUGGGGAGAGGACCUGGGGGUGAACGUGGCCAAAGUGGAUGUCACGGAGCAGCCGGGGUUAAGUGGACGAUUUAUCAUCACAGCCCUCCCUACCAUCUAUCACUGCAAAGAUGGAGAGUUCAGGAGAUACCAGGGAGCAAGGACUAAAGCUGCCUUCAUUAAUUUCAUCAGUGACGAGGAAUGGAAAUCCAUUGAACCAGUGUCCUCCUGGUUUGGUCCCUCCUCUGUCCUGAUGAGCAGCAUGUCAGCGUUGUUCAAGUUGUCCAUGUGGAUCAGGCAUGGCCACGGCUAUUUAACAGAAAACCUUGGAAUACCAGUCUGGGGCUCCUAUGCUGUUUUUGGAUUGGCAACCCUGUUCUUAGGAAUGGUCCUGGGACUUAUGAUGGUGUUCCUGGCAGACUGCAUCUGUCCCUCCAAAAGGCACAGACCACCACAGCUCCAGCCCCAGUCCAGGAAACAAGGCCCAGAGUCUGCACAUCUGCUGAAAAACAGGCAUGAAGAGCAUGAAGGAGAUGAGGGAGAUAUCUCAGAUAAUGAAAUGGAGGGUAAGGAGGGCAGCAAGAGAGACUCACCCCCAAGUGGUGUCCGGCAGCGCCCCGUGCCCACGGCUGCUCCCCUGGAGAAAUCUUAGCUGUGUUUGCACCAGGAGCAGUGCUUGGCUCAGCCACUCAGAGGGAGAUCUGUGUCAAAUCCUUCAGCUGGGAGAGAAGAAUGGCUCCUGCUUUGGUGACGUUGCUGCAUUUCAUGAAUUCGGAGGAAAUAAUAAUUAUUAUUAAAAAAAAAUUUAAAAAAGGAUCAGGUAUUCCAAAGGAAAUCUUGCUGUUGCAAGUGGCUGUGACUUCUCCUGUCUGUGUGCAGAGAAGUGCCGAGGAAUAAUUGCUGUGGCUUCUGGAAUGAUCUGUUCCCUAGGGAUUAUUUGGAGGAGAAGGUAAACCAGAGUCAUUCUUGCAUUAGGGAGCAUUAGCUGUUGGUGAAACCUCCCCAAAGGCUUCCCUGUUCUUAUACUGAUUUUCAGUAUAAAUCUCUCUAGCUGUGCCCUGAAGAAAUGCUGAGGGGAAAAGUUCCUUUAGUUAUGAAACUAAAAUUCCUUUAGUUGAGGCUUUUGACAUGACAAAAACUGCUUUUUGCCACGACAGUGAGUGCUACAAACCCUUUUUUUCUUGCAAAGAGCUGAUGGAACUUAGCACAAGCACUCUGCAGUGGGAUUCUCUGGCUGAGCAGAAACCUGCUGCUUGCCUCAAUUUCUUCCAGAAAAGGCUGUAGAAAACUCUGUGAGCUUCUUGGCAAAGUAGUUUUUCUCUAGGAACAAGCGACAAGCAGCACCUUGAGGUCUUGUCUGUCUCUGUGACUCCACGUGGGAAUAGUUUACACGCAGGGUUCUCUGUGCAAACCCUCUCCAUUCCUCCUCCUGGGUGCCAGCAGGACUCUGCUUGUUUUUAAUCCAUCAUUUCUUAGUCAGAUCUUGCUGGAAACCCCUGCAGGCUGUACCUGGCCUGAAGUUAAAAUAACUCCUUUCUAUUUCUUUUACAGAACCUUUUUUUUUCCUGUUUUCACAAAACCAUUUUGGAACAUUAAACCUGAUUUUUUUCUUAAAAAAAAAAGUAGUUUACUCUUGUCUGUAUGGUGUUUGUUUUCACUCUGUAUGGAAAUAAAAAGAAUGCACAUGCCCAUUGGACCAGUGUUGUACAGAGUUUUCCAUCUUCUUUUAAUUCCAAAGUUUUUACAACUGAAGGAUGAGCUUAAAACUGAGCACAUUUAGAUUUUUUUUUUGACAAGCCUGUUUCUGACUUGUUUGUUUAGCUUUAUUCCUUUUUUGCUUUUAUUUGUAGUUAUGUAGUUUUAGUUAUUUAGUGUUUAGUUUUUAUUUGUAGUUAUUUAGUGGGUUUUUUUCUAUUUAGUUUUUAUUUGUAGUUAUUUAGUGGUUUUUUUUUUCUAUUGUUCAUCUGGCUUUUUCCCUCUUCUUUUCUUUUCUCUACAUUGGUGCUCUGGAAUAACUUGACUUCAGUGCUGUGUGUUAGAAAGAUAAACUGGUUUUUGAAAGGGUCUUUUUGGCUAAAAUCUGAGUGUCCCUGUCCGUUUUUAAAGAUAAAAACUCUCCUGGUGUUGGAGUGACGACCACUGUGUGCCAGAAUUGCCUUUAAGGUGUUGGUUUGGUGGAAUUGCCUUAAAUUCUCUAGAAGUUUCCAUCUCUUAGCCUUUGUCACUGGUAAAUAAAGCAAUAAAUAAAUAAACACUGAGGAGAAGUGGUAGCACUGUCUUUGAUGGUGUUUUUUUCAGUCUGGAGAGGGCUGGAGAAGACAGAAAUGUUGUAGCUGGUAGGAAAAAGUGUGGAAUUGUUUUAAAGGCUGAACUCUGCUCCCUCCACUCGGGAUAUAUUUAAAUGUAGCUUUUCUAAGUGCAGAGGUUUCUAACUUUUCAGUUACAACCAAACUUGGUGCAAUAUAGAGAGGACACCCUGCUGACUCCUGGCUAACUUUUCAUUUAAAAAUAACACCCAACCUUUCCUUUGUUGUGCUGGACUUGUGGACUCCUGCUUGAAGAAUUCCAGCAUUAAUUUACUUUUUUUUUCUCUUCCUGCUGCUCACUUCUCCCUGCCUUAGGCACAAAUCCCAAACCUGCCUGGCAGGGGUGGCUGUUCCCAGCUGGAAUCCAGCCCCUGUGUGUAACUCCUUGGAUUACCCACAGGCAGCCUGUGCUCAUCUCUGCUAACCUCACCCCUCAUAUUUUCCAUAAUAUUACGGGUUUGUCCUGUGAAUAUUUAAGUUCUUUGAUUUUUUUUUUGUUUUGUUUUAAAAAUCUCUCUUCCAAAGAUGUUUACUGAGGCUGAGCGGUGUAACCUGAGUGUAAGAAUCCUUUGUGUGUCUUGAUGUUGAAUAUCAGUUUUGUAAAAACCAGGCUGCCCUUUCCAUAUCACCUGGACCAGGCUUGUUUCAUUCCAGAAAGAAUUAAUGUAACGUUAAUUUUGUUUCUCAGAGAGUCUUCAAGUAAAAAACAACCACCAGCUUUGGA